AUGGAACACGGUGGAACAUGUGGAGUGGAUGAUUGGAACCUUCCAAUGUCUGAUUACAUCGUGGGAUUCGGGCAGACUGUAUCGUGUGAUCAUUGGAUUGGAUUGCGAAACAUGUUAUAUCUAACACAAUCUGGUGGUACCUACAAAUUAGAGGUUAACAUCGAACUUCAGGACGGCAACACAGAUUCAGUGUAUUACGAAUAUUUUUAUAUCAAAGAUCAAAGUGAGUGGACACUACGACUCGAUAACUUUAACGGAAGUACCAAUAACUUUCUUGGCAAUGGUUUUAGCAAUCCGCCUACCUCAAGCGAUGCAGAUUUGAUAGACAAUGAGGACUUUGAAGGUAGUGGAGUAAAUAUUUACGGAUGUUCAGGUGGAGAUAAAUCUGGGUGGUGGUUUGACGAAUUUUGUACGAAUCCAAACCUUUGUUUGCCUUUAGGACCAGUGGAAGAAGCACUCUAUCCAUCAGUCAGAAAACUGAAGUGGCCAGAUAGGUUUGGGAAUGAAUACUUGGUAAAGCGCGUGAACAUGCAAAUCAGAAGAGCUACUUGA